CGGAAGUCGUGUUAGCCAAUGGAAAUAAACAAUUUAGCAUUUUAGAAAGUCAAUCAAAGAUCGUGUGUGCAGGUGAGCUUAUGUCAACACGGUCAUAUAAAAAAUGACGAGUGUCACCGCAUGGAAUAGCAUUGACGGACUGCCUAAACAGUUUAUUACAUCCUUAAAAGUGUUGUUCGAUAUUCUCGACGAAGGUAACCGUGGUUAUGUGAAGUUUUCUGACAUUGAAGCACGGUGGCAUGAGGAAGGAGUCAGGGGUCUUCCUAGCGGAGUAACAGAGGCUUUGAGGAAAGUCACUCCUUCUAAUGGAUAUCUAACCUUCGACAGAUUUGUAGCUGGUUUAAAACUUGCGUUACUGACCAGCCAAAAGAAACCUAGAGAUCCAAAAGAUGACAAAGAAAACAGCCAGCCUGUCAAAGAAUUGCAGUCAAAACCUAUCAGCAAACCAGUUGCUGCCCCUAGAGAUGCUGUUUUGACAAAAUCAUCAUCCAGUCAUCCUCUGAACAGAUUGCCUUCAAGUGCAACAAACACAGCAGCAGUACGACCAAACAAUGCAAUGUCCAGUAAAGAGAGAAACGGUAAUGAUCCAACACCACACAAUCAUCACAAAAGAACUGAGUAUGACAAAUCCAGAGACAGUAAAUCAAAUCAGCUACCAUCAAAGAGGCCAGUCCCCCCUCCAAGACCUCAAAGACCUUCUUAUUCUUCUGUUAAAAAUGAAGGACAACUUCCUCCUAAAGUUCCUCCCAGAGACAAAAGCAAGAACAUCAUCACUGAACUAAAAAAUUGGCAGAGGAGAAUGAAUCAUCAAAGCAGUGAUCACCCCCAAGCUACAAAAAAAUUUCAGUCUACACAGAGUGACUCCAAUCUGUUAGAAAGAAACGUGGAUAAAGGGAGACAGAAUAUUUAUGGUCAUUCAUAUCAUCAACAUUAUCUUCAUGAGAACAUAGACCAGGUCCAGCUGCUGAGACAGGAAGCAGUUCCCUCCACAUCGACCCCCACCUCACCCCCCCAACAGAGACAGGCCACGGUAAAGAGGAGAGACUCGGCUAGACGGCACACUCUGGCCAACGGAGUGGAUUACAAUAUGAUAAAAAGGAUGAAACAGUUGGAGCAAGAAAAAGACAGUCUAUUGAAAGGACUAGACAUGGUGGAGCAAGCAAGAGAAUGGUACCACCGUCAGGUGGUGGGGGUGGAGGAGAAACAAAAAUACAUUGGGCACACCUCGUAUCAUGACUACAAUUUAGAGGCUAACCAGGAGAGGAUGAAUUUUCAAUAUGCCAGAAUUAUGGAGGUCAACCAACAGCUUAAGACACUUAUAGAGAGCUCUGAGAGGGGGUUUCCACUUCAUAUGAAUUUGGCUGUUGGACAUUCCACUGCUCAAAGAGGGGAAACAGAGUCCUUCAAAACUCUUCAGGAAAACCAGAAACAUCUCAAAAAGGAACUGCGUGACAAGACAGACAAAAUUGUGCAGCUGGAGAAAGAGAAAGCGUCGCUAAUUAGAGAUCUAUUUGAGGCCCAUGCUAAGGGGAAGAACUAUGAUGAUACAACAUUUAUGUAACCACCAGUUUGUGUUCACAAGUGCCAAACAGAAUUUUGUACACAGUCUGCACAUAAUGAAACUUUUAUGGGUUUUCAGCUAUGUAGGCAAAUCCAUCCCUUCAUCUGAAAUGUUUUAAGUAUUUUAUUAUUUAGAAGAAACCAAAGAAAACACUCUCCAAAAUUUUUGAUUUUCAACAUUUCAUGAUUUUCUUUUCAUUUUCUAAGCAUCAUUUUUAUUAGAUAACUUGAAAGGCAUCUAUAGACACAUAGAUGUGUGUUCACAUUUUCUCAUUAUGUUGUGUAAUUUUUUAAACAGUUUUUUUUACAUAAUACUAAAACUAACAUGUAGUGAAAUAUUUGAUUUAAGAGGUCAUCUGUGUCGGAGGUGCAUUUAGUAGAACUUUGGAUAAAGUAAAGUAGAAUAAAUUUACAGUGAAUGAGGAAGAUAAAAAAACCUCUAAAAACAAAUUUUGUUUAAUCAAGACACUACUUUAGGAAAUAGAAAAUACAACUGAAAUAAAUAUUUUACUGUAAAAAAAAAAAGCCCAUAAAAAAAAUGCCAAUUUGUUUGUAAUAUCCUAGUCUAAGUCAUCAUCUGUGUGAGCAACAAAUUGAUAUGAUAAGCAUUUCUAAUAUGCUUCUUUAAUCCCUGAAUAGUGAUUAAGGUACUUGGUUGGUAUUUCUGUUAAUUUUAGGUGACAAAACUGCAUAUGACAAAUCUAUUGUAUACAUUUAUAUGUGUAAUGUUGGGUAUUUCCAUCCCUGCAUAUUAAGUAAUUCUGUUUGUGCCUUACUGAGUACAAGACAUUUGUAGAGGAAAA